UAUUUUUGGUUCCAUAAUCUCGAUCUAAGCUAUGUGAUGAUUGCUUUUCUAUCAAAUCUUCGGAUAACUUAAAAGGUAUCAGGCGCUCGAUCCACAUCUCAGGCGCCGUUUGUGCUGAUCGUUACGUGUGUAUUCAUUUGGCAUUAAGGUAAUUUUGUUCUCUUGAACGGCUAUCAAAGCUUUGAAAUUUCAGCAUGCAAUCGAUCAAUACACAUUGGGUGUGAUCGCGAAGCUCUCUCUCUCUCUCUAACCCUAAAUUUCACGAUCUAAUUCAAUAAAAUGGGAUCGACGUUCUUCUCUCGAACCAUACGUCGAACGACGACCACCGCCACGGCCACGGCCUAUCAGCUUCCUGACGAUCAGAUCGCCGAAUUCAAGCAUGCUUUCAGCCUUUUGGACAAGGACGGCGACGGUUCCAUCACUACCAAAGAGCUCGGCACCGUGAUGCGCUCACUCGGUCAGAAGCCAACUGAAGAAGAGCUCGAGGUGAUGAUUAAAGAGGUCGACGUAGAUGGAAACGGUAGGAUUGAUUUCCAAGAGUUCGUUAACCUAAUGGCCCGGAAGAUGCAGGACACUCUCACAGAGGACCAGCUCAAGGAAGCGUUUCGGGUUUUCGAUAAGGACCAGAAUGGCUUCAUUUCUGCCGAUGAGCUCCGUCAUGUUAUGACGAGCCUCGGCGAGACGCUGACGGAUGAGCAGGUUAAUCAGAUGGUUCGUGAAGCUGAUAUGGACGGUGAUGGACAAAUCAACUAUAAGGAGUUUGUGAAGGUCAUGAUGGCCAAGAAAGUACAUAGCCGGAGCCUCGAGCAUUGUAGCAGUGGUUCUAGUAAGGGUCACAAGCCUAAGAAACUCCGUUGUAGAGAGCGUGUACGCCAAUGUUUCUACCUCUAGCGUAGUACGUACCAAUUGUAUUGAUGACAAGGAAUGUCAUUGUUAAUUUAUACAACAGUGUUCUGAAAUUAUUUAUGUUCAAGUUGAUAAAGAAUGGGCUCAGUUGAUCAUGAUCUUUCUCUAUGGCAUAUAUGCUACAUGAUAUAUUCUGAGCUAUGUGAUGGCUUCUGGAUUCUUCAGACACAAGGUACUGGCAGACAAUGCAACAAGGUACGUACCUGGUCGGAACUCAGCCACGUCUGGGGUGUGUGCGCUGAUUGAUGUGCUAUUAUUCGGUAUUCGGUGUGUUUUCUUUGAUUCCAUAACGUAUUUCCUGGUUCUUUCUGAUUUGUGUUCAUUAAAUGAUUUAAAUCUGUUUUGUGUAUGAUAGUGUUACGUUUGGAUAUGUAUUUGACUUAAAUAAUGUUGUUAUGGUGACAAUAAAUGUUGUUGUAUUGUAUUCUUGGGGAUCAAAAAAGUUUCAGUAUGAUCACGAAUG